AUGGUAUCUUGUACAACAAAUAUGGUUAAAAGUCUUUUUUACCAAAAAUCUCAAACCGAUGAACUCGAGUAUUCUUCAGUUCAGGACUGGUCGCCGGAGGAAGUUAAUCUAUUUCUUAGGAAUAAAUUUGCCGAAGAUUGGGAAGCACUAAAAGAGUUUGGUUUCGAGAAGUAUAAAGUGACAGGGAGUACGUUGUUAGAAUUGAAAGCAGAUGAUCUACGCAAAUCAGGGUUGCCAUUUCUGGUCGCAAAAGAGCUUGAGAACACCGUUAAGCAGUUAUCAGGGAAGACCAUCUACGUUCAAGCAUAUGAUGAUGAGGGUGAACUAUUGGAAAAGUUUGAAGAAUAUACGAUGCAUAGCGAGAAUGACCUUCAUACCUUUUUGAAAAGAGUUGACGGAAAGGGAUUGGAAUCCAUUGAUGAUAACAAUGAAGUCCCAAAGGUCGUCACGUCUCUAAAAUACAUUCGUCCUAAUCAAUAUUACCGAAUCAAUGCUUCCCAUCUUACAGCAGUCAAAAAACAAGUUGUCUGGUCGAAAGUCGAAGAUCAGGCAAUGGAGGAAGAAACGUUAUUGGCCGUACACAAUGCUCUCACUGAAAAGAUCAAGGCACCUACAAAAAUCUUUCCUAAACGAAAACACAUAUUCAAGCUUAUCGGUCGAUUAAAGGAAUUCCCGAAGAAACUCGAAGCUACAACGGAUCUGGAAUUCAAACAAUUGUUGGGAAAGCAACACAUUGGAGUUGCUUGUGGAACAAAAUUCUCUGAGGAAUUACGACGUGUGGCGAGGGAUGAAUUAGGAUUGAUAGUGAUAUUUCCCGGUGGUGGUCGUUAUAAGGAGGAAGAGCAUUACCAUGAAGAACUUCGGCUUAGGCAAGAUACUCUUGAUAUAACCAACAAAAAUCUCGAUAGCGUCAUUUCGGACGACUUCUGGCUUUAUCAUGGGGAAAUUACCUUUCAGCGUUAUCUCAGACGAUUUGGACUGAAAUCCUUGAGUUCUGAUUCAGAUAAACGAUUCUUUGAAACUGAAAGACUAUAUGAUACUUUAAGCAUUGUUCUGCCGAAUGAAGCUCUUACUGCUUGGGCUAUUCGUGUUCAAGAGUUGAUCUCUAGGAGUAAAUUUAGUGUCUAUCAUAAGCAUUGUCUAUAUGCCUCUUUCCCUGGUGGAAAAUUCGAGGAUUAUAAUCACUAUAGACCCAAACAAUUUAAGAAUGGAACUAUGAUCUGUCUGAAUUGCGUAAAAUUAGUCCGAGUUAAUGUGAAUGCUAAACCUAGAAAAGUUAUACAAAAUGGAUGCGAUAUAAGAAAAGGCCAGAGCUCAGCGACUCAAGUUUGGCAUACAGUAAAAGAUGAUAAUACUCCAAACGACGAGAAAUAUUUAG